AAUGAUUAAAAUUUUACGAUGCCCUUCAGGAACUCUUCUUUGAAGAUAAAAAGAGUGUCUCACAUGAUUAUCAUUUCUAUUUCCGGUAAUUUUUAAAGAAACGUCAAAAUGUCAUCAGAUAGAUUAAAUGUGUUUCCAAGUCGUAUGGCUAUGGCAAACAUGAAGCAGAGGUUGAAGGGAGCUCAGAAAGGUCAUAGUUUACUGAAGAAAAAAGCUGAUGCAUUAACUAUGAGAUUCCGACAGAUUCUAAAAAAAAUUAUAGAGACAAAGAUGAAGAUGGGGGAUGUUAUGAAGGAAUCAGUUUUCUCACUAGCAGAGGCCAAGUUUACCUCAGGAGACUUCAAUCAUGCUGUUCUACAAAAUGUCAACAAAGCUCAGCUGAAAGUACGAUCAAAGAAAGACAAUGUUGCAGGUGUACAGCUACCUGUAUUUGAACAUUACACAGAUGGUGUUGACAGCUACGAAUUGACAGGUUUGUCUAGAGGUGGUCAACAAAUUGAUAAGUUAAAGAAGAACUAUGCUAAAGCAGUAGAGCUGCUUGUACAGCUAGCAUCUUUACAAACUUCCUUUGUUACUUUAGAUGAAGUCAUCAAAAUCACAAAUAGAAGAGUGAAUGCCAUAGAACACGGUACAUAA